AUGAAGCAACGCUGUCUAGAACCUGCGAUCCCCAGGUACUUGCAGGUCAAGCGCACCCAGCCGCUUCAUCAACCAUCAUGCUUCAAGGGCCCCCAGCAAGCUUCACAUUCUGCCAGGUUUCCGGAAGCCGUCAAAAGUAUUAUUACUAUGGAUCUGGGCAUCCAAUUCAUGCCGUCGAGUGACUCGACAUUUGUCAUCAGCCUGAUUCGUGGCGCAAUCAAAAGUCCCUUUGGGCCCCAACACCAUGUCCGAUCCAGCUUCACCGACUCAAAUGGCUAUGAAAAUAUUGUCUUUACUCUAUAUUGGAGUGAUACUUCUCUCUACCAGAAAUGGGAAGACAGCAUGCCUGCCGACUGGUGGCACCGAGGGCUCUCUCUUGAUUCUAGCGUUGGCGUGUUCAAAGAGUUUUACGUUGUCCCAAUCACAGAUACAGAGACGACUUUUGCUCUCCCCGUUCCUGAAGGUUAUUCAGUCAUUGCCGCCGCGAUGAGCAAUGAAACCGAUACUCAUGAAUACUGGGGUUCUUCUAGAGACCGCAUUCCUCGAGCACAAACAGAGAGUCUCGAAUCUUGUGGAUGGCCAGAACUCGAAGGUUGUGGCCCCCUUGCCGAUUCUCGUGGGCGACUAGUCAUGGUUCAUCCUCAUCAGAAUAUGUGUCUGAUCCGCUCUGGACAAGUCUGGGAUCAAAGCGACGAGAAAGAAGUUGCCUCUUACUACACAGAAAUCAAGCCAACGCUUGAUAGCGGCAUGGAAGAGCUUGUGGCUAACAAGCGCCGCUUCGGGUGCUUCUCAAACCGCUAUCUGCGCGUCGAAGACGACGAGGGUAAACCUAUUGGCAAAUCCUGGAGUAUCAGCUCGUGGGAGUCUCUAGGCCACCUCGAGAAAUGGGCGGUUACGCCAAAACACAAGCAGAUUUUCGGGACGCAGAUCAACCAUUUCACUCGCAUGGACAAGGAGGGUGUUGAGCCCCAUCUCAACCUAUGGCACGAGUUGAUGGUGUUGCGUAAGGCUGACCAAUCCUUUGCUUAUUUCAACUGUCACAACCAAACGGGCAUGUUAUCAGCAGUCUUCCAUUGA